ACAGACUACAAGGCCCAAGGUCUUAUGCUCCCCAAAGUGAUCAUGGACCUUGAAAGUGCUAGGAGUUGUCAAUCAGCUUACAUUAUGUUGUCUCAUGCUACUGCAUUGUCGAAUUUGCUCAUCCUCCAUCCUUUCAGCCAGAGACGGAUCACAACCCAUAUGAAUGGUGACCUCCGAAAAGAACUCAGA